CGGAGCGCACGUCUGGCUCCCGGGCCAGGGGGCUGAGAGGAGCGGGCAGCCUCUGGGCCGGCAGGAAGAGACCGAGAGGCUGAGUGGAGUCGGACCCUGGGACUCGCGAUUUUGUCGAGCUAUGAAAGCUACAUAGUUAAAACAGCAGGAUGCUUCUCCUGUCGGGUGUGUGAUGAGAGGAGUGUGGCUUUGGAGUGCUGGGAACCUGAGCAGCUGCUGCGGACUCAGAGCCCAGCCUUGACCACCAGUGAGCCCACAACACGAUGAACAAACUGAACUUCCAUAACAACAGAGUCAUGCAAGACCGCCGGAGUGUGUGUAUUUUCCUUCCCAAUGAUGAGUCUCUGAACAUCAUCAUAAAUGUUAAAAUUCUGUGUCAACAGUUGCUGGUCCAGGUGUGUGACCUGCUCCGGCUAAAGGAUGGUCAUCUCUUUGGACUCAGUGUUAUACAAAAUAAUGAACAUGUGUACAUGGAAAUGCAACAAAAGCUUUAUAAGUAUUGUCCAAAAGAGUGGAAGAAAGAGGCCAGCAAGGUACGACAAUGCGAAGUCACCUGGGGCAUUGACCAGUUUGGGCCUCCCAUGAUUAUACAUUUCCGAGUACAGUACUAUGUGGAAAACGGCAGACUGAUCAGUGACAGAGCAGCAAGAUACUAUUAUUACUGGCACCUGAGAAAACAAGUCCUUCAUUCUCAGUGUGUGCUCCGAGAGGAGGCCUACUUCCUACUGGCAGCCUUCGCCCUGCAGGCUGAUCUUGGAAACUUCAAAAGGAACAAGCACUAUGGAAAAUACUUUGAGCCCGAGGCUUACUUCCCAUCUUGGGUUGUUUCCAAGAGGGGCAAGGACUACAUCCUGAAGCACAUUCCAAACAUGCACAAAGAUCAGUUUGCACUGACUGCUUCCGAGGCCCAUCUUAAAUAUAUCAAAGAAGCUGUCCGGCUGGAUGACGUCGCUGUUCACUACUACAGGUUGUAUAAGGAUAAAAGGGAGAUCGAAGCUUCGCUGACCCUAGGGCUGACCAUGCGAGGAAUACAGAUUUUUCAGAAUCUUGAUGAAGAGAAGCAAUUACUGUAUGACUUCCCCUGGACAAAUGUUGGAAAGUUGGUCUUUGUGGGUAAGAAGUUUGAGAUCUUGCCAGACGGCUUGCCCUCCGCCAGGAAGCUCAUCUACUACACGGGGUGCCCCAUGCGCUCCAGACACCUCCUGCAGCUUCUGAGCAACAGCCACCGCCUCUACAUGAACCUGCAGCCGGUCUUGCGCCACAUCCGGAAGCUGGAGGAAAACGAAGAGAAGAAGCAGUACCGGGAGUCAUACAUCAGUGACAACCUGGACCUGGACAUGGACCCGCUGGAGAAGCGCUCGCGGGCCAGUGGGAGCAGCGCAGGCAGUGUGAAGCACAAGCGCCUGUCCCGGCACUCCACCACCAGCCACAGCAGCUCACACACCUCGGGCAUCGAGGCGGACACCAAGGCCCGGGACGCGGGGCCAGAGGACAGCUACUCCAGCAGUGCCAUCCACCGGAAGCUGAAGACCUGCAGCUCGAUGACCAGCCACGGCAGCUCCCACACCUCGGGGGUGGAGAGUGGGGGCAAGGACCGGCUGGAGGAGGACUUGCAGGACGAUGAAAUUGAGAUGCUGGUGGAUGACCCCAGGGACCUGGAGCCAAUGCAUGAAGACUCUCUGGAGGUCAGCCCAGACAUGUGCAUCUAUAUCACAGAGGAUAUGCUCAUGUCGAGGAAGCUGAAUGGACACUCUGGGUUGAUUGUGAAAGAAAUUGGUUCUUCCACCUCCAGCUCUUCAGAAACGGUGGUCAAACUCCGAGGCCAGAGUACUGAUUCCCUUCCACAGACUAUAUGUCGAAAACCAAAGACCUCCACUGACCGACACAGCUUGAGUCUCGAUGACAUCAGACUGUACCAGAAGGACUUCCUGCGUAUCGCAGGUCUGUGUCAGGAUACCGCACAGAGCUACACCUUUGGGUGUGGCCACGAACUGGACGCGGAAGGGCUCUACUGCAACAGCUGCCUGGCACAGCAGUGUGUCAACAUCCAAGAUGCUUUUCCAGUCAAAAGAACCAGCAAGUACUUCUCUUUGGACCUCACGCGCGAUGAGGUUCCAGAGUUCGUUGUGUAAAGGUCGCCUGCAUGCAGCCUGCAGGGAGUCUGCUGCUGGCCGGGCCAGAGGCUGCGGGAGGCCUGGGCUCUUCAAGGAUCACUUGUGCCAUAUUGUCUUUACCCUGAACAUAGCUCUUGCUUUAUAACAUUUGUGAUGGAAACAAAAGCCUUGGGACAAUUGCACUUUAAGUAUUAUGCAAAGUAACAGAACCAGAGAAUGUACAGCAAGACAAGUGCCCGUGUAUCGACCCUUUGGGAAGAAGCGUGCUUUACGGGUGGAAGCCUGCAGACUGUUGGAGUGUGUGCGUGCUGCUCAUUUUUUGUCCCCUGCUUCAGUUAAACAUAACGUCUCUUUACCACGGGGAAGAUGUUAGGCUGGCUUGCUUGGCAUCUGUUUUAUAAUUCCUCCCACGUGAAAUGGCCAUGAUAUGAAGGAGAGAGGGGAGGGUCUCUCUUCUUUGAAGGAAAUGUGCUUUACUGGUUUGAAGCCUUUAGACUGUCAGAGUGUGGUAUUUGUUGCUCAUGUGUUUCUCACUUCAGUUAAGUGCUACUUCUUUAUCCUGGGAAGGAUGUUAGGCUCAUCUGUGUGCUUGAACAUUUCUCCCCCUCCCUCAUGAAGUGCUCAUGGUUUGAGGAAGGAGAGGGAAGGGUCUCUCUGAACGGAGAGACCAUGGCUUGGUGCACAGCUGCCGCCUCCUCGAGGCUGUCCCAAAGCAAACACCAGCGAAAUGAUCAAACUGCAUUAUUGUAGCAAGCCAAAGAUACGUGCAGAGCAGGGUGAUGUGACGUGAGCAGCGGAGGACAGCACGCGCCAUGAUGUCUUACGACCCGAAAGCACUCAGGCUCAGUUGAGUUCUUCAUCAUGUAUCAGGCCAGUUAUGCCCAUGACAUCAUUCAUUCUGUAGAGUUUACAGACUGGUGUUUGUUAAAACAAGAAAACUCACAGAAAAACAUUUGGGUUUUUUGUUGUUGUUCUUUAAUUAACAAAAUCAAGUUACAGUAAUACUGGUUUCUGCCUAACCAAAAUAUCCUCACUCUGUGGACAUGCUUUACCUAUGACAGUUCAUGGAACUGUGUAUUUUGUGUGUGUUGAAAGCUGCCUUCCUCUUCAGUUGGGCUCCACAGCCGUGUCACGUGCGUGGAAGUCCUUCUCCGUCACUGAACCCGUGCCGCGCAGGUACUCGGUGUACAUACGUAUGCUAGAGUGACUCUUUCCUCAUGUGCCUUGGGCCAUGAUUCUCAAGUCGGAGUGCAUGAUAGAAGUGUUUGAGGAGCUUUUAGGAAGUAAUAAUGCCUGGAUCUCACCCCCGACCACAUAAAUCAGUCUCUUGUGGGCAGGACCCAGGUGAAGUUGCCUUUUCUUUUAAAGUUUUCUACAUGAGCUAAUAGUAAGCAGGGUUCAAAACCACUGACUGCAGGGGGUCAUUUUGUUACCGUUGAAGUGAAAGUGUACAGAAGAUGUGUAUGAGCAGGGCCACGCCCAAGGUGGCGGCGCUGGGAGGAAGGCGCGUCGGGGCAGUGGACGCGUCGGUAGCCUUCUGGUGUACAGUGGAAGCGCCGCCCGCACUUCACGACGGAACUUCAUAGCACAAUGUCUUUCUAGGGGAUGUUUUUAAUGAUUUCCUAUUUUUCAACAUUUGUUUACCAUAUUUUGAUACACCAUUUUUGCUAUCUGCCAGGUUUUAUUAAAAACUAUGUAUUAUUUUCUAAAGAAACGCUCAUAUUUUUGUACAAAAGUGUUUUCAGGUACCAAGAAACAGCUCUAGGGUAGAGCAGGACAGAACGUGAGGCGGUGUUAGCCCGGCGGGAGCCGGCUCUGAGCGAUGGGGCCGCGCCCACGUGCCGAGCGCAGCGCCGGGCAGCGAGGCUCGCCUGACGCUUGAACAGAACGAGUUCUGCACAGUUCUACAUUCAUGAAAUUAUUUUGCUUUUAGUAAAUGCUUUAAGAAGAAAACAAAACCAAAGCUUCAGAUGUCCGAAUGUACAAGUGUCUCCCUCUGUAGAGAAGGGUAAAAUAUGAAGGGAUCAUUUAACGACUGUCGGUCUCGCAGUCCCUAAAUAAUCCGCCGCUUCUCGCAGAGCAGUGGUGGCGAACCUUUAGCUUGUGCUGCGGCGGGUUGUGCGUAUCACUGAGCGCUCCGACAGGUUGGCCGCCUGACACGAUGCUUCAGAGACAAGCCCUGGUGUCCCGGUACUCCAGAAGGCCCGAUCACAAUGCCAUGCAUUGUCCUAGCCUGUGGUGUUUCUUGCAAAACAUAAAGAAAAAGAAGUAUUUACAGGAUCAGGUAGUGCUUUGUAUUUUUUCUCUACUCAGCCAGAAUCGUGUCUUCAGGAUUUUGCCAGCAUUCGUGGUUUUCCACACCCUCUUUCUAAUUGGAUUUAUGAAUAAUAGUCUUGUGGGUUUUCAAAAACGAAUCACGCCAGGAAACACUUAUUUUUUUCUGACCUACUGUUGGCAGCAGAAUUAUGUA